CGUCACCAACGCCUAAUCUCAAGAGUUGGCAUAGCAGCAAGACUGCACAGACCGCGGAGUUGGACCGGAGAGCUGUUUGAGUCAUCGUCGACGGUGCCCUCCAAAAUGGCGUCCCCGCCUGGACGGAGUACCGGCCGCUAUACGUACACGCUAAACGACUUCGGUCGCGACUUCGACCGAAGGCCGAUGGUGUUCCUCGAGCAGUUCCCGGCGUCCCGCCUCUGCAGCCUGUGUGGCGUGGUACCGGAACGGACGGCGUUGCUUCCUUGCAGAGACGUGGUAUGCCAAAGGUGCUACGACAAGUGCCAGAUCAUUGGCGGCUGUCCGCUACACCCCGCCAUUCGAAUCUACCCCAAUGACAUCGAGUGGAGGGUCAUGAAAGGGGCCGAGGUGUCCAAGAAAAAGGUCCUUUGCUGGAACGCGAAGAACGGCUGCCCCGUGGAGACGGAGGCUUGUAAGAUGGCCGAGCACUGCUACAGUGCGUGUGAGUAUUACAACGUCGUCUGCACGCGAUGCCGAAAGAAGGUUCUCCAUAAGGACGUCGUCCAGCACCUCAAAGACAGCUGCAGUUCCAACAUACUCAUACAGACUAGCGAGAACGUGCCGGACGACGGCCCAGGUGACAACGCGUACGGCAGCUUUGAAGAAGUCCGCGGCGGGGCGGGGCCGAGCGCUGGAAGCGAUGACGCCACGACGGAACUGCUGCGGUUAAACCGAAGAAUACUGAACGAGCUGCACUCCAUCCGGGAACAGCUCCCCGAAGAGCGCAAGUGCUGCGAAGGCGUGAUGAUUCAAUGCUUGGAUGCCACGAAGCUAGAAGUGCUGAGCGCCAUGAAGGACCACGCUACCGAGGCCAACAACUGGCAUAACGGCACAUACUCCUGCUUCAAAGACGACGUGUCCGAAAUGACGUCGCAGCUCGGAAAGAAGAUGGACGCCGUGAUGGAAGAAACCACCGAGUCCCUGCAACGGCUUCAAGACGACGUCAACCGGGAGACUUCGAGGUUAAUGAAAGUCGCCACCAAGACGCUAGAGUUCGCGUCCAGCGUUUCCAACUUCCAGGAGUGGGUGGUACGUGGCUGGGCCGCUCUCAAGGACAGGGCAACCACGCACGGCGAGGCCUGGUACCACGAGAAACCACUGUACUUCCACGGCUACCACUUGUCUCCCGGACUCCUCCUGGUCAGGAAAGACGGAGAAGAGGGAGUGCUCAAAGUUCACCUGGUAAUAGAACUCAAGGAAGGGACCAACGACGAAUACCUGGAGUGGCCGUUCCGCAGGUGUUGCAGGGUCACCUUCAUCCAUCCACGGGUGAGACCUCGGGCGCGGUCUCUGACGCUGAUGCCCGAACUGGAAGCGUUCGCCGACAGCCUGGUCAGGCCUAACGGAGAGACGACGCCGACCGGACCGGUCUACUCUGCGGGCAACUUCUGCCACGCCCACGACCUCGAGAAGGAGGGCUAUGUCAGCGCGGAUGAGAUCCGCGUCCGCUUCGAGCUCAUGUUCUGAGCGAUGAUGGACAGGUGACAGUCUGGGCGAAAGCUGUGCUUCCAAGAACCGCCCAUGACUGUGGCGAGCACGACCUGAAGCACAUCUCGAGUCGACACUUGUCAGCAAAACUCAAGAUAUACCGGACUGCUUCAAGCAGGUUCUUGGUGCAUUUCGGUUGUUUUAGUGGGCGCCAAAGCGCGCGAGACAAUCAAGUGCCGUACCUGCUUAUAAUCUUUGAGUGACCAGUAAAACUUAUCGGUACAUCCGAUUACGUACGCUA